AGAGAGAGAGAGAAGGACCAAUAGUAAGAGGCAUAUAUGGGGCUGAGGAUCCUGUACGGAGUUCUGUUCCUGUCAUUUUCAUGUGCAGCCAUCAAGCUCCUCCACCUUAUGCUCCACCCUGUAUUCUACUUCACCACCUGAGAAACUUAUUCGAAUCUGCAGCAGGCUGCGUCAACUCCAAUGCCUCAUGUGUGCCAGAAACAAGAUGGUUGUUAAAGUUCAAAGCAAGAAUAGAUCUCUAUAACUGGCAGGAAGCUAAAGCAUUAUUAGGAAGAAAUGAAUAUUGUGAAGGAUACAUAGAAGUUGAAGGAAUAGAUAUUGCUGCAGUUAAACCAAAGAUUAAACUCACCCUUACUGGAGCAGGCCAGCAUUGUUGGAUGUGUGCCUAUAGAAGCUGCCUACUUUCCUCCUACAAUAACUUUGCUUUAAGAAAUAUUCGUUCAGAGUCUUUGGGAGGCUUACAGUAGUUGCUCAACCUUUGCAAAGUUAUUCGGCAAGCCCACAGUUUAAGUAAUCAGAAAAACCACGUGAUAUUUAACUGACAAGGGAAACAAGAGUAACUCAAUGAAGGCAAUGAUAAUGUGAACUGGGAUUUUACUCCGAUUGUAAACUUUGUCAACCUAGAAACUAUAAUCUUUUGUCCAAAUUGUUAUUUAUAAUUUACUUGAAUCUUUUUUUAUUUUUUAUUUUUUACCUCAUCAAUCUUAUUAUGUUAAGCUUCAAACUACAUUCGUUUGUUCCA